GACGAGGAAGACGCACAGGACGCUGCGCACAACAUGGGCAACCACCUGCCGCUCCUGCCUGGAACUCUUUAGAGUUAGGAGUUUGAAACAGUGUUCUCCAAGGUGGUCUUCUUGGAGCCUGUCCUUUUUCAGACGAGGAAGCUGAGACUUACUGAGCAGAGAGUGAAGAAGAAGAUGAAAUUGAAAUGGAAGUUGAAGACCAGGACAGCAAAGAAGCAAAAAAACCAAACAUCAUAAAUUUUGACACGAGUCUGCCAACCUCACACACGUAUCUGGGCGCUGACAUGGAGGAGUUCCAUGGCAGGACUUUGCAUGACGACGACAGUUGUCAGGUGAUCCCGGUGCUCCCACAGGUGAUGAUGAUCCUGAUUCCCGGGCAGACUUUACCUCUACAGCUGUUUCGCCCUCAAGAAGUCAGUAUGGUGCGGAAUUUAAUUCAGAAAGAUAGAACCUUUGCAGUUCUUGCAUACAGUAAUAUACAGGAAAGGGAAGCACAGUUUGGAACGACAGCAGAGAUAUAUGCCUAUCGAGAAGAACAAGACUUUGGAAUUGAAAUAGUGAAAGUGAAAGCAAUUGGAAGACAAAGGUUCAAAGUCCUGGAACUCAGAACACAGUCAGAUGGAAUCCAGCAAGCUAAAGUGCAAAUUCUUCCUGAAUGUGUGUUGCCUUCAACCAUGUCUGCAGUUCAGUUAGAAUCCCUCAAUAAGUGCCAGAUAUUUCCUUCAAAACCUGUCUCAUGGGAAGACCAGUAUUCAUGUAAAUGGUGGCAGAAAUACCAGAAGAGAAAGUUUCAUUGUGCAAAUCUGACUUCGUGGCCCCGCUGGCUGUAUUCUCUGUAUGAUGCUGAAACCUUGAUGGAUAGAAUUAAGAAACAGCUACAUGAGUGGGAUGAAAAUCUAAAAGAUGAUUCUCUUCCUUCAAAUCCAAUAGAUUUUUCUUACAGAGUGGCCGCGUGUCUUCCUAUUGAUGAUGUAUUAAGAAUUCAGCUCCUUAAAAUCGGCAGUGCCGUCCAGCGGCUUCGCUGUGAAUUGGACAUCAUGAACAAAUGUACUUCCCUUUGCUGUAAACAAUGUCAGGAAACAGAGAUCACAACCAAAAAUGAAAUAUUCAGUUUAUCCUUAUGUGGGCCCAUGGCAGCAUAUGUGAAUCCUCAUGGAUAUGUGCAUGAGACACUGACCGUGUAUAAAGCUUCCAACUUGAACCUGAUAGGCCGGCCUUCAACAGAGCACAGCUGGUUUCCUGGGUAUGCAUGGACCAUCGCCCAGUGUAAGAUAUGUGCAAGUCACAUCGGAUGGAAAUUCACAGCCACCAAAAAAGACAUGUCACCUCAAAAAUUUUGGGGUCUGACUCGAUCUGCUCUUUUGCCCACAAUUCCAGACACUGAUGAUGAACUGAGCCCAGACAAAGUGAUACUUUGCUUGUAAACAGAAGUGGUAUGGAUAGGAAUCUAACAAAUUGGUAUUCUCAUAUCUGCUUUGGAAAUUAAUGCCUAAAAUGUAUCACUUAACAGCAACAUUACAUGGCGGCCUGCUGACUUACCCACGUUGAGGAGGAGAGGAGACCACAGCUUAUUUUCUGGAGUGUUAUCCCACAGGUCUGCUCUGGUUCUGUGUCAGUGACAGGACCUGGAGGUAUACAUACCAAAUUACUCCUAUUCUGGCAGCGGCGUUCAACAGCGGGGAAGCAGUGCACGUUUCUUUUUGAAAGAUGCAGGUCUGUGUAUAUUGUUACUUUCAGAGGAGUUUGUUGCUUUCAAUUUUCUGUAGCUUCUGAGAGAUACUGAUUUGUAAAUUUUGAAAAUAUUAAAACAUGCACUUUUAGCCUGAAAAA